GCAACGGAAAGCGAUUGACUCAAACACGAAAUGUGGCCAACAGCCCUGCUCCAUUGCCUACUUACAGCUUUUUCUGAGUGCAGACGGUUUUGACAGUUUGGUUUCGUCGCUCGCCUCUGCUUUUUCCUCCAACCACCACCUGAGCAGAAACGCGAAUCGUUUGCAGACACUCGGAGAUUAAGAAAGUUGCAGAGGAUCCAGGGUUGUUUUCCGGUGAGAUGAGCUGGACCCGAGGUUCCCUGAUGGCUGUGCUCUCCAGCUGCUGGCUGCAAGCUGUACUCCAUACAGCGGCCGCUGCAGCAAAGCCCAGAGUGGUCAAAGGGAGAGUUAAUACCAGCAUAUUCCUAGAAGUGUCAUUCGCCAAUAUCACUGACCAGGUCGACACGGUAGAGUGGAAGUAUGUGAGCCCCAAUACCCGACGCUCUAUCGUCCAGUUAAUAUCAGAAGAAGAGAAAUGGAAUACCCAUUGGUUCAGCGGCUACUCACAGCGGGCACGAAUCUACCCGAACCAUUCCCUCUCCAUCCAGAAUGUGAGUCUGAAUGAUUCCGGGACAUAUUCCUGCACAGUGACAGAUUGGAAUGGAGACGAGUUCACCGAGGACGUUAUCGUGACCGUGAUCGGUGAAAUACAGAUAUAUAAUGGUUGGAACACAACUGGAGUCUUUAAACUGACUUUCAUGAAAGUUAAUGAAACCAAUGAUUACAAGGUUUUUGAAAAUUAUGGUUUGAUAGCUGCCUUAUCUGGAACAGGAGCAUUAAUCAUCAUAGCUAUUUUGACAUGGGCUGUUGUGGGACAUUGCAGGAGAAGGUCAAGAAGGCAAGAUAAAACAACGAAGGAUAAACAAUCUCAUAAAGAUGGAAACAAUGAAAGUGAGGACAUCUAUGAAAAUAUGGGCAGGGUACCACAAUAAAUGUGGUCGUAGACACAAGACAUUUAAAAACUGUCAUGACCUCAGUUGUGCCAAAGUGAUCAAUUAUUUUAUCCCUUUGAUCAAUAGAGGAACACAAGUUCUUAAUGUUUUUCUAAAUACUCCUGCUUUAAGUCUGGUGAGAAUGUAGGUAAGCCUACAAACUAAGUUGAUAGGACUGGUGGUGCCAUAUCUCAGGAAUUCAGGUAGCCCUGGUUUGGUGUGAAGCUUCUGUCUUAUGUGAACAAAGACACUGGCAUAGAGACAGUGAGCAUUCCACUCAUUUGUUCUUGUAACUCUGGCCUUUGAGAAACAUAGUCCCUCUUUGGAAGCCAGGGUGCCAAGAAGUUUGAGGCAUGUGAUUUUUGAUGUAUUUAAAUGCCUUUUUUGGGAGGGCAAACAGCUCAGGCACCAAGGUUUCAAUUUCCAGUCCCUUCUAAUAGCCUGAGAUGUAUUCCUGGAGGUACUCCUUUCGACUUUGUAGUUGAUGCAUCUUUGCAGUGACUCCUUACAAUGCAAUAGCAUCUGGGUCAGAGAAGCAGCAGUGAACAUCCUCCUGGCAUAACUGUCAAUAAUGCCAAUUGAUCAUUUCAGCAUUUAAACAUGCAAUUUGGCCUCCAGUUUUGUAUGUUGUCCAGAUGUAUUUGAACUGGCUCAUUUGUUGUUUUAUUAACCAUUGAAUCAUAGAAUUCGGCAGUAUGGAAGGAAGAGUCCAUCAUGCUCAUCUACUCAAAGAGGUUCCACUCGCUUGCUCUCUUCCCAUAUCCUAGUACUUCCUCUUAAAAGAUAAUGUACACCUAGUUCCUAAUAUGAGUAGAAUAUCUAACAAUUCUCCAUUAAAAAUCCUAAUCUUCAAAAUUUUGAACACCUGUUCACGUCCCUCUUUAUCUUUCUUCCACUAAUUAGAAAAGCCCAGUUUCUCAAGCUUUGUAUUACUUUGUUACCUGAAUGAACCUUCUUGGAAAUGGAAAUUGGAGACAAUAUUCUGUAGCCUAACCAAUGAUUCAGGUAGUGAUACCUCUUUGUUUAUGUACUAUGUUUGAAAUUGCAAAACCUGAGAUACCAAAUGUUUAUUUGAUGAUAA